AAGGAAAAAUCUGAUCUUCGUCCUCGAACGGUGUUGAUUUACACUGCGUUUUUCAGUUCAAUUCCUUGGAAAGGCUUGGAAGAUUCACAAAAAUUCACUUUGUCUAACGGGAAGCCCUGCCGUGUUCGAAACUGUAUUUUGAGUUACAAUAAGGAAGAUUUCAAAACCAGCGACGUUGUGAUAUUUCACGGUUACAAAAGCGACCUUACGGAUGAGACCACUCUUCGCGAACUGCAUAACCGCAGACCUUCGAAUCAAACUUGGGGCUUUUUUGCUCUUGAAAGCCCGUUGAAUAGCAUUGAAACCAGUCAGCUGAAAGGGUUAUUCAACUGGACGUUGACCUAUCGAACUGAUUCUGAUGUUUUUGUGCCGUACGGUUUCUUCACCCAACUUGAGUCUGUUGGUGAAAACGCUUCCAUUCAAGACUAUUCCUUUGGGAAGGACAAAUUAGUUGUGUGGACAGUCAGUAACUGCCGUGGCAAACGUUUCUCGUAUGUUGAGAAACUGAAACAAUUUUUAAAGGUGGAUAUUUUCGGUGGUUGCAGCGGUCAAAGUUGCCAUCAUGACGACGAAAAUUGCAUCAAACUUCUUAAGACGUACAAAUUCCAGCUUGCUUUUGAAAACACUGAAUGCCUUGAUUACGUGACAGAGAAGUAUUGGCUUUCUCCCUUAGACAAUGGUAUUGUUCCUAUUGUAAUGGGUGGUGCGGACUACGGGAAAAUAGCUAUUCCAGGGUCUUAUAUUGAUGUGAGGGAUUUUUCAUCCGUCAAGGAACUUGCUGAUUACUUGCUAUACCUGGACAAGAAUAACACUGCCUACAAUGAGUACUUAAGCUGGAGAACAAAGUAUAAACGGAAUGACUGUUUGCAGAAGGGUGAUAUGACUUGCCUGGGCCACUGGACCUGUGACCUGUGUGCCCUGGCAAACAAUGCAUCUACCCCAUACAAAGUUUACGAAAACCUGGAAGACUUUUGGUCAGUGAAGCAGUGUAACCGGUUCUCUGAACAAUUUGAUAAAAUCAUUGGCUAA